GGGGUGUUCUGGAUCAUCCCUUUGUUUUGCAGGUUUGUUGGGAGAGGGAGCUUGGGGAGGCUGUGCCACUGUGGAGAGGUUGUGGGUUACCAGGAUGCCUCCAAGAGCUGGCCCCUCCCUUGGCUGCAGGAAAUCAUCCUGGAGCCCCGCCCAUGAUGCCUUGUGGGCAUCUGCAGUGGCAGCACUUCACUCUGGAUGAAUUUCUUGCUGCUCUAUAUGGACCAGGGUGCAACUGUGACCAAGAACUCCUUAUUCACACAGUUUCUUAA